CAGGAAAAGAGAUAAGAAGAGUAGCACGUGUGGCACGUGAGAGGGAGAGGAGUUGUUGGACACAUGGGAGAAGUUUAUUGGCCGUUAAGGUUGAGAGAAGAAGAACUAGAUCGGGAGCUGAAGUUAUAUAAGAGAAGAGGGAAUAAAUUAAAGGAAUAACCAGAAAAAUAUUGAAAAGUGUAAUCAUCUCCUUCUUCAAUUCUCUCUGAAAUCUCUUAGGGUUUGUUGUUUCAUUGUUGUUAGAGCUGAUUCUUCUUCUAAGCUCUAUCACAUGAAAUUUUGGAUUCUCAUUUCAUGAACGACGAUUCAAUUAGGUGUUUGUAAUUUUCAUUUCAAGUAAAUCAGAUACUGCUUUGAUAUCUCCUCUUAACUGGCCCAUGACUCCAACAACACCUUCUUCUCACCGUAGAAGGUUGUCCAGAAGUUGCAGCAGAUCGUCAAAGGUGCAAGAGUUGUUGAUGGGCUUGCAGGAGCUUACACCUGCAGCUACUGAUGUUAGUUGGUACAUUCUUCGUGAAAACCAGGAUAACCUGGGUCCAUAUACCUUCUCUGAGCUAUGUGUUUCUCUUUUCUUCUUCGAUUUCUCUCUUUUUCUUCGAGUUGUGGAGAUGAGUUCUAGCUCAGAGACAUCGGUGGUAGCUUCGUUCGACCGUGGAGUGCCAUCAAAGUGUGUUUGUGGUGCCAGUGUAAUGAUCUUUACAUCGAGAAGUGAAAAGAAUCCUGGUCGACCGUUCUUCCGAUGUAUAACAAAAAGAGAUCCAAGCUCGUGGACAAACAAAAGCGAUGUAACUUGUUUAAUUGGGUCGAGGAUGCUGUGUAUGAGGAAGUUCAAGAUGCAUUACCGAAACUAGGACUUAUGGCCAAUGAGAUUGUGAAAACAAAAUCCAAGGUUAAUGAGUUGAUGCUUUACAAGACUUGAAGGAAGAAGCAUUGUGGAGCAAAAUGGAAAUCCGCAAGUCUAAAAAGUUGUUGAACGUGUGUUUUGUUUAUCUUUGUUUUUUCUCAAUUGGCAUUGCUUACCUAGUGGUUGUUAAAGCAAAGCAAACAAACUUUGGUUCGUUUGCUCUUGGUUAUUAGUGUGUGUGUUUGUAUGUUUGGUACUGAUGACAAACAAGGAUGUUGGUUUGUAAUCUUGGUAUGUU